UUGCGGUCGCCGCGCCUUGAGGGACCGGGGGUAGUUGCUGCGACCUUCCUUAUCCCUCCGCCCCCUCCGUCGAAUCCCACAGCCCGCCGGUUAUCGCGACAGCCCUCUGCUGCAUCGCAAUUAAGUCCGGCGGAAAAGCCCCGCUGUGCUUCCGGCACUGUUCGGGGCGUGUCUGGCCGCGGCGCCACCCGCGUUCUAUGGUCCGCGGCGCUCCCAGGGUCCCCCGCGCCGCGGCCGGUACCCGGGAGGAGCGCGGCGGCGGGCGCUGGCCUGUCCGGGGCCUGUCUCGCCCCGGGGCUGCGCCUGCCCGCGGCCGCCAUGGAGCUGGAGGUGCCUGAGGAGGCGGAGGGCUCGGCCGCGGCGAGUGCCGGUGCCAUCACUCCGGAGGCCGGCGUAGGGGGACCGGACGCGUCAGGAGGUCUGGGCCCAAAGAAGACAGCCAUCACUGAGGGCCCAUCAUUGCCAGGACAGCCAGGCCAAGGAAAGAAGAUUGGCCAUCGAAGUGUGGAUGCUUCUGGGGAAACCACCUACAAAAAGACCACCUCAUCCACUCUGAAGGGGGCCAUCCAGCUGGGGAUUGGAUAUACUGUGGGCAAUCUGAGCUCCAAGCCAGAGAGGGAUGUCCUGAUGCAGGACUUUUACGUGGUGGAGAGCAUUUUUUUCCCAAGUGAAGGCAGUAACCUCACCCCAGCUCACCACUACGCCGACUUCAGGUUCAAGACCUAUGCCCCAGUGGCUUUCCGGUACUUCCGAGAGCUCUUUGGGAUUCGUCCAGAUGAUUAUUUGUAUUCGUUAUGUAAUGAGCCUCUGAUCGAGCUGUCCAACCCCGGGGCCAGCGGCUCCCUCUUCUAUGUCACCAGCGACGAUGAAUUCAUCAUAAAAACUGUGAUGCACAAGGAAGCUGAAUUCCUGCAGAAGCUCCUUCCUGGAUACUACAUGAAUCUGAACCAGAACCCCCGGACCCUGCUGCCCAAGUUUUAUGGACUAUACUGUGUGCAGUCUGGGGGCAAAAACAUCCGUGUGGUGGUGAUGAACAACAUCCUGCCUCGAGUGGUGAAAAUGCACCUGAAAUUCGACCUCAAAGGUUCAACCUACAAACGCCGAGCAUCCAAGAAGGAAAAAGAAAAGUCUAGCCCUACAUACAAGGAUCUGGACUUCAUCCAAGACAUGCCCGAGGGCCUGAUGUUGGAUGCAGACACCUUCAGUGCUUUGGUGAAGACGUUGCAGCGAGAUUGUCUGGUAUUGGAAAGUUUUAAAAUCAUGGACUACAGCCUCCUGCUUGGGGUUCAUAACAUAGACCAGUACGAGCGGGAGCAGCUGUCGGAGGGAGCCCACAGCACGUCGGAUGAGAAGCGUCCCGUGGGGCAGAAGGCUCUGUACUCCACUGCCAUGGAGUCCAUCCAGGGAGGGGCUGCCCGGGGGGAGUCCAUAGACACAGACGACACGAUGGGAGGGAUCCCAGCAGUGAACGGCAAAGGAGAGCGUCUCCUGCUGCACGUAGGAAUCAUAGAUAUCCUGCAGUCAUACAGGUUCAUCAAGAAGUUAGAACACACCUGGAAGGCCCUUGUCCAUGAUGGGGACACGGUGUCAGUACACAGACCCAGCUUUUAUGCAGAGAGAUUCUUCAAAUUCAUGACCAACACGGUGUUUCGAAAGAAUUCCUCUCUGAAGUCGUCCCCCUCGAAGAAGGGGCGCAGUGCCUUGCUGGCCGUGAAGACGGCGGGUCCCACCGCGGCGUUCUCGGCCAGCCAGCUGGCCUCCGACAAGGAUGACACCCAGUACGACCUGCGGGCGGCCAGGAGCUACCCCACGCUCGAUGAUGAAGGUGACAGCCCCGCUCAGGGUGCUAAACCUAACAAGGACAGGGAAGAAGCAGGCAGGCCAGACCUGCUCCCUUGCACUCCUCCUUCCUUUGAAGAAGCUACUACGGCCUCCAUAGCCACAACACUAUCGUCAACAUCUCUCUCUGUUCCCGAGCGAUCGCCCUCGGAGAGCUCUGAGCAGCCCAGGUACAGGAGGCGUACACACUCCUCAGGGCAGGAUGGCAGGUCACACGAGGAGGUGCGGGUCGAGGAGGAGGUUCAGGAAAUCAGUGUCGAGCUGGAGCCCAAGUGUGACGUUGAGAUUGUAGCUCCUGAGGAAGAAGUCAAAGAAGAGGCAGCUUCUUCAGCCUGUGCCAUUGUCACAUCCACAGCCACUGUAGAGGUGGAGACAGCCAGCCAGGCCUCAGAACCAGCCAGCCAGGCCUCGGAUGAAGAUGACGUGCCAGUCACAGACAUAUACUUUUAAUCUCUAUGCAGACACAGAAGUCCCAGAGAGCAGCGAUUCCCUCUGCAGGUCGAUGUGUUCCCUUUUCGUUGAUGCAGCCAUUCCAGUGGGAUGGGGAAGAGCUUGCUGACACCAGUAUUGCUGCACUGCAGGAUCCCGGGCACUGCGUUUCAGAAUGGAGCAAAACUAUAACCAUGUAUUUCUACUUACCCCAGACGUGGGCAGCAAAGAAACCACCCGUUCACCCGCAGCUCCUAGCAGAGAAUUCCAGCUGGGUGUAGAGAAUCCUGGGUAGUAACACAGUGUUUUCCAGAUGUGCACUACCGUAGCUACCUAUCCAUGUGUGAUACUGUGAACCUUUUUAAUUUUUUAAUCAUGUAUUUAUUUCUUUUAUCUUUGCACAGAGACAGCACAAAUGUGCUUUUUUAAACAUUUAGUUUACUGCACUUUUUUUUUUUUCUCCAUAUAUUUGUGCAUCAAAAAGGAGCAUGAGACUUCACUGAAGAAUGGGUAGGAGCACGUUGCUGGGGAGGGCAGGGAGCGGAGUGGCUUCAUGUGAGGCAGCAGUGUGGUCUGACCAGCUGAGUGAGUCAGGAAGUUUAAGGCUGUCCAGACUCUGCCACAGUUUUUCCAGGUGGCCCAAGGCGAGUCACUAAACCACUCUGUGCCUCGAUUUCCCCUGUGCUAGUGGGUGCACAGUACCUGCUUCUGUUACAGCACUUAAACCCUGGGAUGAAAGGUGCUAUGAAAAUGCAAUGUAUUAAAGGCCAUGGAAUAGAAUUGCUCCCAUGUAACCAUAGUCCAAAGCAGCCAUGCCGAUUCAUUUGGAUCCAAACUCUCUAGUGACUUCUCCUGUCUGUAACACUGUGCGGGGCAGCACAGUUCCUGGUGACAGUGACAUGGACACCUCAGCUCUCCCUGAAGUCGUGAUGGGUUCCACCUUCACCCUGUGCUGCACUGCUGCGCCACCCCUCCCUCUGUGCUUGGAGUCUGCACCUCAUCCGACCUGCCACCUCCUGCUCCAGCCCCACAGGCACAGACAGAUGGAACUGGGCACCUCCCAAGCCUGGCCACGUUAGAGGGCAAGUUCCCCACUCUGCCCAGCCCACGUGGGGCUUGUCCAGACCCUGCAUCCUCCUGGAGCCACUCAGCCCCUCACGUGCUUGUGGGUGUACCCUGGGGUCAUGGACACUUGGUUCACAGUGCCCUCUGCCCCUCAGGGCAGGCAGGGAGACAAGGGCACGUUCACACACUGGAGGCAGGAAUGGGAGCCUGACUCUGCCACGGAAUUGUGCCAACUGCUGUGCUCGGGGACUCUGGACAGAAAGCUGGGUGACUGGGGUGUUGCCUGGGGUCACAUCUGCUGGUGGAAAUCCCUGCUGCGGGUGUCUGAGAGGGUUGGGUUUGCAAGGGCUGUGUAAAGGUGAGAGAAUUGGAUGUCACGGGGUAGUGUUCAGGCUCAUCCAUCAGCAGGACACAUAUCAUAGCCUAGUCUGGAAUCCAGCAAUCCAUCCUCAUCUCCCACAGAGAAACCAGGAAGCCCUUUAGACCAGAAGGAGACAGUCUUGUCCGUUGCUUUGUGAACUUCGCUUGAGAAAGAGGGUUGAAAUCUCUUUAUUCCCUUUACAAUCUUCACUGCCCUUGGGAUUCUUUGUAGAGGGGUGGAGAAGUGGGAUCCUGCUCUCAGGCCUCAGUCCCCACAAUCUGUCUUCACAGCAGCACUCAGGAGUGGUUGUGUUGGGUCCCAGAAGGUAGCUGGGCUGAUGGCAAGCUCUUCCUUCUGUACUGUGCUGAACUUAGUGAGAAUCUUCAGGAAUUGAUGGUUUUUUCUUGCCCAGAAUGCAGGACCUGGACUUCCCUUCCCUACCUGUAGAUGCAGAAGGCUGUGAGUUGUGCUUCUUUGGAGCACAGUCUGGGGAUUGUGCAAGUUGCUGCUGUUCAUGUAUCCAUGUAUUUACCAAAUAUCAAAAGUCGAUCUCAAGAAAUUCUCCCCUUUCUGUUGCUGCUUGGCAGCUCGUUCUCCCGGCUGGAGCUCCUGCCCCACCCCACCUGGGGGGCUCUGCAGGCUGGGGGGGCUCAGGGGUUGGUGGAGGGGAAUGGGAGCCUUGCAAUGCCUACAGCCUCACCUACCUUAGGGCUCAAGGCAAGGGGCUUCAAAAAGAUAAAAAUUCAACCUCAUUUUCCUCCAGCAGUGUGUGUAGAAUGGCCAGAGGGAGCCACAUCUAUGCUGCAGCUGCUGCUGUUGGGUGCUGUGCUGGAGGAGAGGGCUCUGGGGGGAACGGGUGGGCUCGAGCUGUUCUGACCCUGCCCAGUCAGGGGCUGGAGGGUUUGGCCUCAUCAGGACUUUCCAGCCACUUGAAAUCAAGCAUCUUUUUUGAGAUGGUUUAAGCAUCGUUGAUGGAGAUUUUAUUCUUUCCCCUCAUUUCUAGGGGGUCUCUAAAGCUGCUUGGCCUCUGUGCAAGGAGUGUCCUAGAAAAUGAGAUUUGUGAGCUGGAGCUGUGCUUGGGUGCUGAGAGAGGGGGUGAACCCAGAGCUCCUGCAGCACGUUCAUUCGAAGAAUUGUCUUCCCUUUCUGAGAAGAUCCUUGUGCAAUUCUGUAAUGCUGGACCCUUUGGAUCAGGUCUGGAUGGGGUGGGAUAGUCCUGUAAGAGGACAGGCAAAGACUUAAAACAGCUUUGUCAAGGGGACAAGAAGGAACCUUCUUGUAGGCAGAUGUUGAUCUGAAAUGGAAACUGCCCCUGUUCAGGCGGCACAGUCCCUGCCAUGUCAUCUCCUGUCCCAGCAGCUCAGUGCUGAGAAACUGUUUGGCCUCUGCUUCCCAUGGAGGCUGAAAGGACCUUGGAUUUUAAAGCUCAUUCUUGGUCCCCCUCUGCAUGGCACUGCAGGGGAGCAGCAGAAGCUCUGGGGCAUGUCACAGGCACUGCCAGUGCUGCCUGGGCAGGAACAGCACUUGCCCAUGGCAAAGAGCACCCUUGGUCUGGGUGUUCCUCCAUUUCCACUUCAGCUUAUUCUGGACUUGAGCUGCUGUUCUCUGCCAGGUUCUACUGAGUGACCCAGCAGGUGCUGUCUUGGCUCUCCAUCUUUAAAGGAGGCACCACGAGUCUUGUACUCUGAGAUUUGACCCCACAGGACAGCCUCAGGCUCUGUGUGACAUGCCCUGACCAUUGCCUGCUGCUGGGGAUGCAGGUGAGCUCUCCCUGCCAGGUAAGGGGCUGGCAGGAGAAAAUGGGCAUCUCUGUCCUUGAGUUUGCAGUCAGGCUCCUGUAAAGGCUCUGGGGCAAACCCAGAAGCUUGUAGAGAUCCUCAACACGUGCAGAGGGGAUGCAGCUUUUGGUUGCCGCUGCCUCUCUGGCCAGGUGUGCUGGAAUCGCACUUAGGGGAGUUUUUUAGUGAAACACUCACAGACCUUGGUCCAAGAUAGGCAGAGGCGCUUACAGGGUUCCAUCGCUCACAUUCCUCUUCUCAUUCCCAGCCACUGCUCCAGCGCUGCCCAAAUGGAUAAGGAAAAAGCCAGGGCUGAGGCGUCUUGGCUCACGUCUGAGGGGUUUUUUCUGUCCAUGUCUACAUGCACCAAGUCUGUCCUGGUGGCUGUCCCUCUUCCCACCCACGUCUGUCCUGGUGGCUGUCCCUGUCCCCACGCGUGUCCCGGUGGAUGUUGCUGUUCCCACACGUGUCCGUGUCCGUGCUGCGCGUGCACCGUGUGCCGAAUGUACGGCGGAGGGGGCGCGGCCGCUGCGGCCGGACGGGGAGCCGACGGUGGGGUGCUAUCCCGUCUCUGUGUCGGGGGCUCGAGGCCUGGGCGGUUUUCUUUUCUCGGUUGUUUUGAGGGUUUUCCCCCUCCUUCUCCGGGGAGCCCGUUUUCCAGAGAUCUGUACCCCGCUCUGAUAAAGCGUUCUGCAGUCUG